AUGAAAACUAUUUCUCGCAUCAAUAGAAAGAGAGGAAGAGGGAAAUAUAAAUCUAAAACUGUUAAUAUUAAAACUAAGUAUGGAGCAAAUAUCAAAGCAAUCAUUCUAGAUGAUAUUGAUAGAGCUGUGGGUUCAGGGGCUAGAGAUAUUGUUAAUUAUGCAGGCUUGAUCAUGAGUAUCUUAUUUCAAGAUGGAAAUUGGCAGAAUAUUGUUUCAAAACAUGGAGAAGCAAUGUGGUAUAAGGUCAAGGACAAAUUUGAAGUUUCUGGUGGGCUGCGAGCACAUAAGUUACAAGGCUUUGUGAUAAGCACUAUGCAAAGACUCUUUAGAGCUUGGAAAGCUCGAUUACAUAAUCACUAUUGUGCCUAUAAUACGGAUGAAGACAGAUUGUCUAAUCGUCCUGAGGAUGUUGAGUUGGAGGACUGGAAAUACCUAGUUAAGUAUUUUGGCAGUGAGAAAUUCAAGGUUAUCAGUGAAAGAAACAAAAACAAUAGAGAAAAAUAA